GCAUGACAUUGCUCAAUGUGCAAUGAAACCUUUUCGCGAAAAAUAAUUUUGAUGCGCGUAAUCAAUUUUAUACAAAAGCACAACCUUAAAUGCCCUUCUUUUGACAUUGAUAGUUUGACAAAAUUAAUCUCAAAAUUAACGCUAAGUCAAGUUCAUUGUGUUAAUACUGUUUUUAAUCUUCAUCAUCGAAGAUUACACUUAUUGAUCACUAAAACUGAUCAAUACUUUUGUCACAAUAAAUUCAUUUUGUUUGAUAAAUUUUCAAUAAAAACCAUGGCAUUAAACAAACUUAGUAUUGACAAGAUUGACCUCGCCGGUAAACGAGUCUUGAUAAGAGUUGAUUUCAAUGUUCCAUUAAAAGAUGGAAAAAUCACAAAUAAUCAAAGAAUUGUUGCUGCCCUUGACACUGUCAAGUACGCACUGGAAAAGCAAGCAAAAUCAAUUGUUCUUAUGUCACAUUUGGGUCGUCCUGAUGGCAGUAAAAAUUUAAAAUAUACAAUGAAACCAGUUGCUGAUGAAUUAAAAACACUUCUUGGAAAAGACAUAACAUUUUUGGAUGAUUGUGUUGGUUCUGCUGUUGAAGCUGCAUGUGCUGAUCCUACACCAGGUAGCAUUAUUUUAUUGGAAAAUUUACGAUUCCAUGUUGAAGAAGAAGGCAAAGGUGUUGGUUCAAAUGGAGAAAAAAUUAAAGCUGAUAAAGAUAAAGUUACUGAAUUCCGUGCAUCAUUAAGAAAAUUAGGUGAUGUAUAUAUUAAUGAUGCAUUUGGUACUGCACAUCGUGCACAUAGUUCAAUGAUGGGUGAUGGUUUUGAUAUCAGAGCCAGUGGUUUUCUUUUAAAAAAAGAACUUCAAUAUUUUGCCAAAGCAUUGGAUAAUCCAGAAAAACCAUUCCUUGCUAUUCUUGGUGGUGCCAAGGUUGCUGAUAAAAUUCAAUUAAUUAAUAAUUUAUUAGAUAAAGUUAAUGAGAUGAUUAUUGGAGGUGGUAUGGCUUAUACUUUCCUCAAAGUUACCAAAAACAUGAAGAUUGGAGGCUCAUUGUAUGAUGAAGAAGGUGCUAAAAUUGUCAAUGAACUCAUGGAGAAAGCCAAAAAAAAUAAUGUUCAAAUUCAUUUACCAGUUGAUUUUAUAACUGCUGAUAAAUUUGCUGAGAAUGCAACAGUUGGUGCUGCUGAUGUUGAAACUGGAAUUCCAGAUGGUUGGAUGGGUCUUGAUGUUGGACCAAAAUCAAUUGCACUUUUUGCUGAACCUUUGAAAAGAGCUAAGGUAGUUGUUUGGAAUGGACCAGCUGGAGUAUUUGAAUUUGACAACUUCAGCAAAGGAACAAAAAGUUUAAUGGACAAUGUUGUUGAAGCAACAACUCGUGGAGCAAUCACAAUUAUCGGUGGUGGUGAUACAGCAACUUGUGCAGCUAAAUGGAAGACUGAAGACAAAGUUAGCCAUGUCAGUACUGGAGGUGGUGCCAGUUUGGAAUUGUUGGAGGGUAAAGUUUUACCAGGUGUUGCUGCUUUGUCACCAUCAUCUUAAAUUACUAAUUUAACUAUCAAAAAGCUAUUAUUCUACAAACAUUCAUAGCAAGUAUAUUAAAAAAAAAAAAAAAACAAAAAGUAUUGUAAAAUUUGAAAACAAAAUUCUUUUUUUCUUCUUUGUUGAUAAAUAAAAUUCGUUGCCUUGAUAAAAAGGCUUAUCAAUAACAUGUGGUUUUUAUAUUAUUUAAACACAAAAAUUUAAUGAUUUAUUUGAAAUAAAUUUCGACUGUUGAAAAAAUUUGUUAAAAAUAUGUUUCUAAUGAUAUAUAUGUAAAAUUUGAUUAUAAACAUUUUAAACAAUAUAUUUAAAUAAUGCAUAUGUUGAUCAAUGAUCACAUGAUGCUACAGUUUUGUUGAUCAAGACCAGGAGGUAAAGCUGGCAUUGCUGGUGCACCUUCACCAUCAAAUGGUGAUAUUACUUGAUCACCAACAAGAUCUUCAGGUGGUUGUCCACAACUUUGCAUGUCUUGCAUCAAUGCAAGUAUCACAUCAAAACGUUUUUUCUUUAUAUCCUCAGUAUCAUCUUCUUUUUCUUUUUCCAAUUCUAGGCAGACCUUUUAUACAACAAAAUUAUUAAAUUUAAAAUUACAUUUGAUCAUUUUAUUUUAUCAAUUAUUAUUACCUUUUGUAUGAGAUCUAACUGCUUGGUAUACCUUGCCAAGUCUUCAGGUGAUAAAGUACUUUUUUUCUCUUCUAACCAAGCUGGAUAUUUGUCACUCAAUUCUUUCAAUGAAGGAUACAAUACCUCUUUAGAAAACAAAGAUUGCAUCAUACCUUGCAUAAAUGGAAAAAGUCCAUCUGGUCCUUCAUCAAUUGAUGCUUGUCCAAACAUUGCUGCUAAAUCAGCUUCUGUCAUUUCAGGUCCUGCAUUCUAAGAGAUAAAAAACAUUAAUAUUUUCAUGUGUUCUUUCUGUAAAAUAACAUAAAAUAACAAUUAAAUUAAAUAGAAUAAAACCUGAAGAUUUUCAUUUGUAGCUGAUAUGCCUUUUAAUGCUCGAGCAAUUGCUGCUUGAAAAUCAUUAGUAUCACUAUCAUUUUCAGAUCCACUACCACUACCACCACCAGUUAUUGAAUUUGCAACAGUCUGGGCCAUUUUUUGCAAAGCAUCAUCCUCACCUCCACCUAUUGAAUCAAUAUAAAAAUUAAAAUCUCAUAAUAAUUGAAUCUAAUAAAUAUUUACCAUUUUUCAUCAAAUUUUGAAGAUUUUUUUCUAAUUUAUCAGCAGUGUCUUUGAGAAAAUCUUGUGACCAAGUUUCAUCGGUCCAAGCUUCUCCAGCUUCAUCACCUUCUUUUUUAGUUGAAUCAUUUUUAGAUUUUUCUGUCUUUGAAAUUGUUUUUGGUAAUUUAUCAAAAUCUUCCAAGGCACCUGAUAAAGUUUAAUCAAAACAAAAAAAUUAGACAUAAUACAUGUGUUACAUAAUAAUAAAUAAACUGAGACAACAUAAAUUUCGAAAAAGAG